AUGAUGGGGCUCAGUGCUUCUGUGCCCAAAGAUGGGAAACCACGACUGCAGCUUGUUGGUCCCUUAGGAUUGCGAGCAUUUCUGCGUGCAACGCUGUCAAUCACGUAUGCAUCGCUGAGCAGCCACUUUAUCGUACAUGAAUUGUUAUGGCCGUCACAGCCAGCAUACCCACACAACCCUGAAGGCAUUUCUACAUUCUCAUACACAGAACAGGAUCCAUACCUGCCCGAAGGAGUGCGUGGUCAAGUACGCACUUUGCCACUGUUGCCGCCGCAUGAAAACGAAUUACCUGGUCGUGACAUCCGGAUGAAUGAGUCAACCUGCACAUGGCCAUCGAUUCUUCAAUUGAGUAAUGUCACGAUCAGUGCCGCUCCCAUCACACACAGAUGUCCAACAGUAGGCUAUGUAUUUCAAGAAGGUCCUACUGCUUCACGGUCCGUCUCGCAAGAAGAGUUGGCUAUCAUUGAUUCGAACAAAGAUGCUUUGUUCGAACUUUAUAACAUCCGCUCUCCACGCUCCUUGCUUUCCCGUGUCAUGAGAGAUCGAGAAACCAUCACUUUACCAGAUGGCCAUGUCCUAAGUCCACCGCCGCUAGACAGACCCGGACGCAAAUUAUGUAUUCUCGGUGACACGAGUGAUGCUACGGCAGGUCUCGUAGGGAGAGGAAUGGCUUACCUCGCACGCGACGCAGACCUUCUUGUGCAUGAGUGUACUUAUGCAUCUAUGAAUGCCGAGGACUUGGAAAUGGCGCGUAUUGAGUCGGAAGAGCACGCACAGAUGCUCCAAAAGUCUUUACUCGGAGUCCAGGAGGCAGAAACACGAGCAUUGUCCCGUGGUCAUUCUGUCCCAAGAAUUGUAGGAUCGUUUUCUGGCGAGAUCCGUGCUCGUCGCGUCGUUCUCAAUCACUUUUCUGCACGUCUUCCUGCGCCUGUCGUCUCGACAGAAGCGCCGCUGACCAGCACUCACCAAUUGAAACAGGGCACCCCGUUCAAGAAUUCUGUGAAACAAUUUUAUGUCAUGCGCGAGAUAGAGCGCCAAGUGACCAAGUACUGGCAUGCGUCAUUACCAGAGGAAUUCAGAGAAUUUGUCAAAAAUGACAAUGCUGUUGCUGCCUUCGACGGUCUGGCAAUCGACAUUGCACCGCACUCUGCCCCCACUGAGCAGAACACGGCAUGA